AUGAAUGUAGCCUCACCGAAGCAUCCAAACACUCCAACUAUCAAACUGGAUGAUCAUUCCCUCAAACAGUUAUUUACGCACAAUCCUGAAUUAGAUCGUCGAGUGGACUACUUUGAUAUCCGCUCGACUGUCGUUAAACAGAAUAUCCUCCCCGAAGGGGUCGACUAUGUUCGCGAAUCCACACGUCGUCUACCUCAAAAGGUCUUCGCUGACAAUCCAUUCCCCGACCCCAUCAAGGAAUUCGGUUUCGUCGUCCCCGAAGUUGUUCCUCGUGGCCGUCUGACAAUGCGUCAAGCCGUGGAUUUAGUCAAAGCUUUUCAGACCAAAGCUGCUACUGUGGAACAGUUGGCUGAAACUUACCAUAUUGACCUGGCUAAGGUAUGA